CCCCGAAGACCGCCUUUAAAUCCCCUCCAGAAAAGGCCAAGCCCAUACCACGCCUACCUCUCUCUCUCUCUACUCCACCCGAAGACCAAGCCAGUGAGAGCGAGGAGGCACGCCACGGAGAAGCCGUCUUCCCCAGGAAAGCCCCAUCUCCGCGAGAAAAGGAGAGAGGAAAACCCUAACCCUCAAGUGCCCCGCGACCCCCGCGGAUGGCCUCGUCGAGAGUGAUGCCGUCGUCCUCGUCGGCGGCCAACUCGGAUCUUGCGCGCCAGCCACCCUCCAUGUACCCGCUCGCCGCCGCCGCCGAUCCCCCUCCCAGCUCCGCCAGCGGCGACGACCCUGCCGGGAACCUCGGCUCCACCGCCAUGGACGACCUUCUCCGGAGCUUCUAUUGCGAGGCUGAGGCACCACCGCCGCUUCCCGCCAGGGAAGCCGCCGCUGGCGGCAAGAUGGCGGAGCAGGUGCUUAAGGAGGUCGCUGCCGCCGGACGGAGCGUCGCCGGCGUUGAUGGAUCGGCGGCCGCGGGGUAUGGGGAGAUGACGUUGGAGGACUUCCUGGCUCGGGCGGGGGCGGUGAGGGAGGGGGACAUUAGGGUUCCGUCGUCGGGGUCGAUGCAAGUGGGAUUUGGCGUGGAUCCUGUGUUGGACGACCGGCUUGUGCAGCAGGAGCAACUGCUGAUGGUGGAGAACCCGAUUCUAGGGUUUGGGAAUGGGGUGGAGGGUGGUGGGUCUGGUGGAGUUGGGGGAGGAGGGAGAGGGUGGAAGAGGCCUAUGGUUGAUUCUGUUGAUAAGGCUACGCUGCAGAGGCAAAAGAGGAUGAUCAAGAACAGAGAGUCGGCUGCCAGGUCAAGGGAGAGGAAACAGGCUUACACUGUAGAACUUGAAUCCUUAGUAAGGCGCCUGGAGGUGGAAAAUGCUAGUCUUCUGAGAGAGCAGGAGGAGCACUACAAGAUGAGGCUUAAGGAGCUUAUGGAGAAUCUAAUCCCGGUCACCGAGAUGAAAAAACCUCCACGCAUUCUUCGGAGAACGCAUUCCAUGCAGUGGUAGGGAGAGGAAGAAGCUCCUGAAGGAAUCAUUUGUCCGAAGUGAGCCUCUUGCUUCCGAGGCGGAGGAAGGUUUCUGACAGGAUGAAACCAAACCUCGAUGAACCUGUUUGCUGCCAUGAGAGGUCUUUGCUUUAUCACUGUCUCAGAGGUAAUUACUAAAUUGUAUAGAGAGAAUUUGCAAGAGAGAGAAGAGGUGUUGUUCUUAAUGCCCUGGAGAAAGAAAGAAAAAAAAAAGAAGAGAAAUCGUAAUUUACUUUUCAGUGACCACUUUCUGUUAUUUAACUAAGCAGGCAAGCAUUUCACCGCUUACACAUAUUAGUGGCUUUUCAUCCAUUAUUACGUUA